AUGCCUGUGCCUAAUUAAAUUAUGAAUAACAACAAUAAAAUAUAGGAAUUGAAGAGAAUUAUGGAAUUUCUAUAAGUAAAUGAAUAGUCAAAAUAUGAUAUGUACCAUCAAUUUAAAUUAUAACCAGAUAAUAAGUAAGAAAGUAAGGAAAGUAUUUAACAACAGAAAGCGUAAUUUAAGAUUAAAAUAAAGUAAAAUUUUUAAUUAAUUGAGUUGUUCUAAUAAAUAAAUAUUGUAACCACUCUAAGAGAUUAAUCAUAUAAAUGCUUCAACUGAUAGAUAAUAAAAUUGCCAGACCAACCCUCAUAAACUUAGAAGAACUCAUCUCAAGACAGAUCAUCAUUAAGAGUUUGUCAAAUCUUCUUCCAUACAUAGAAUACUUAAUAUAAAGGAAGUCAAACCUAGAAUGAUUAAAUAGUUAAAUGAGUCAUAAAAUAAGUAAAAGGAACUUGAACUACUUUAAUUAAUGAUAGAGAAACACAGAGAAAAUGUUUAGUAAUAUUUACCAAAAAAGAAUAAAUAUUUAAGAUGA